ACCUGCUAGCGCGGCCGGACCGCCGUGAGGACUGCGGAGAAGCCCUGCCCCUUCCUCUUGGCGGCCAUGGCCCUGCAGGGGGCGCUGCGCGGGGCCGUGGGGCUGCGGCGCUGGCUGGGAGCGCUCCGGCGGGACGUGUGGCAGAGCGGCCGGGGCCUGCGGGCGGCCUGCGGGCCCUUCGGACGCACCUCUUGGGGGCAGGGGCCCUGCAGGGAGCGGAACGGCAGUUUUAGAAUGGGGAAUAGCGUGUCUACUGUAGGAUUGUCUAAUGACACUGCUGCAAAUCAAAUACAGGAAAUUAUUUCAGACAACUGUGUGGUGAUUUUCUCUAAAACAACAUGCCCCUACUGCAACAUGGCAAAAAAACUUUUUGAGGACAUGAAUAUAAAUUAUACAGCUGUAGAACUGGACAUUAAUACAAAUGGAAGUCAGUUCCAAGAUAUUCUUGAACAGAUGACUGGUGGCAGAACAGUCCCAAGAGUUUUUGUCAAUGGGACUUUUGUUGGAGGUGCUACAGAUACUAAAAGGCUCCAUGAGGAAGGCAAACUGCUUCCCUUAGUUCAUCAAUGUCAAGUGAAAGGAAAGACCCAAACAGCCAUGUAGCUCAGCCUGGUCUUCCUUUGUAUGAAAAGAAUUUCAGACAAGUUAAAAGAUCAAAGAUUUACCAUGUCAGUUGGACUCAACAACUUCAAGCCAUGGAUUUCUGAAUCGUAGAUGAUGUACGGACACAGACUACAGGGAUUCGGGAAAUUACUUUGUGUCCUUGCCUCAGCUUUACCACAAAACACUUGUAACUCUGGGGGUUCUAAGCAUGAGACAGUGAAGUAAUUUCAUUGCUGUUACAUCCUGUUGCUAUGCUUUGGAGAAGUACUGACCGUACAAGCAAAAUCCUCUUAAGUUUUUUUUGUUGCAAAUCAGUUUGCUUUCUAGCUUUGUUCCAAUGUUACAAUAAACUGUUAGUUCAAUUAAA